AUGAGUUUAAUCAUAAUUUUUUAUAAUGGAAAUCAAAUUAUAUUUUAAGGUAAAAAUAUAUGCCUUUAAAAUAACUGUAAAAUAUCUUUCAAAAAGCUAAUAUUUAGCAUCAUUUUGGAUUAAAAGUUUAAAAAUACAAAAAUUUUUUAAUAAAUGAUUGACAUUUUAUUUUUUUAUUGGUUUUAAUGCAUACGUAAUAUAAUUAAUUUUUUAAAAAUUAAUAAAAUUUAUUUUGGUUCUUAAAUCUAUCAUCCUAGCUAGCGUUAAUUUAACUAAAAGUUUUUUUCUAUAAUUGAAUUGGUAAGUAUAGCAAUAUAAAACAAGAAUCACUGA